AUGGCGAACAGCCACAGCCAGCCCACCGUGGGAAUUGUGAUUCCAGCGGCUGGCCGAGGAACACGCGCUGGCGAUGGAUGCCAGAAAGCAUAUCGUCGCCUCGGCGGAGACACCGUGAUUAACCGUACCUUGAGACUGUUCCGAUCGUGGGAUCAGACAUGUGCUAUCGUGAUUGUCCACCACGCAGAUGAUAACUCUCUUCUCCAAGCUUCCGUCGACCUCGAUGAGAAUAUUUAUACUACAAUCGGAGGCGCAGAACGAGGAGCAUCGGUUCUCGCGGGCCUUCGGUUUCUUGCAGGCCUAAAAGCCAGCCCAUCACAUGUCUUCAUCCACGAUGCUGCCCGUCCCUUUGCCUCUGUCCACUUGCUGGACCAAGUCUACGACUCCAUCGUGAAAGACCCCUCUAUAGGAGUAAUCCCCGGUCUUGCCGUGGCGGACACCCUGAAAAGGACGGAUUCCCACGGCCUCAUUACAGCUACAGUCCCCAGAGAUGGUCUUUUCCGGGCACAAACACCCCAAGCCUUCGAUCUACAGACCAUUUUAGAGGUCCAUGAACAAGCCGCUGUCAGUGGAACUAGCUAUACCGACGACGCAUCUCUUUUCGAGGAACAGGGUCUCCCUGUUCGAGUUGUCGCCGGGGAGUCCGACAAUAUCAAAUUGACCUACAAGGAAGAUUUCGACCAAGCAGAGCGUUUCCUCAAAUCCAACCUCUUGCCCACUCCUCCAGCCCCAGUGCCAGAUAUCCGAGUUGGCCAUGGCUAUGACACGCACCGCCUAGUACCCGGUGAAGAAAUCACCCUCUGCGGCGUGAAAAUACCCCACAAAUCUACUCUUCUCGGGCACUCGGAUGCAGAUGUGGGCUUGCACGCUCUGACAAACGCGUUCCUUGGCAGCAUCGCGGCGGAUGACAUCGGGAGCCACUUUUCGGACACGGAUCCUCGAUGGAGAGGGGUGUCGUCCGAUAAAUUCUUACAACAUGCUGCCACGCUUGUAGCCGAGGCGGGGGGUCUUUAUCGCGACGUGAUGCGCCAGUCGGUGGCUGCAAUUGUUGGUUUGCACCCGAGCCGGGUGUCUGUGAAAGCCGGUACAAACGAGAAGAUCGGGUUUGUGGGACGCGAAGAGGGUAUCGUGGCGUUUGCUACCGCGACCGUGGUCUUCCCGUCUUCGUGA